AUGGCCACGGAAAUUGAACACUCCAUGGCCCUGGGCAAUGUCCCAGAAGUCACCACACCCAACUCAACAUCUUCACCUUCCGUCCCGACCCCUGUCUCAGCCUCCAUGAAGAGGGAGUCACCAUCUCCCUCUGCAUCAGGUGCCAGCAACUCUGCCUCACGACGACCUCCUCGAAAAAGCACCCUUACCCAGCAACAGAAGAACCAAAAGCGACAGCGUGCUACCCAAGAUCAAUUGACGACUUUGGAGGUUGAGUUUAACAACAACCCUACACCUACUGCUACCGUCCGUGAGAGGAUUGCUGAAGAGAUCAACAUGACCGAGAGGUCUGUCCAGAUUUGGUUCCAGAACAGGCGAGCCAAGAUUAAGUUGUUGGCCAAGAAGAGCUUGGAGACUGGCGAAGACAUUGAUUCAAUCCCUGAGUCAAUGCGAGCCUACCUCGCUAUGCAGGCAAUGGAAUCUGGCAAGGGCCUUGGUGGAAGUUAUCUCGGCCGUACUGGACUGGUACCUUUCGGCCACGGUAACAUGAUGCUCGGAGGCGACCAAGGAGGUCAGGGCAAAGUUUUGAUUCAUCAUCUUACCUGCCGAUCUCUUAGCAUUGGAAAGUGGACUCGUGUUGGACAGAACACGAUGGAUCUGAUCAUCUUCUACUCACCCGACAAAUGCACCAUGACCUACUACAUCAACAAUGAGCAGGCUGGUUACAAGAUCGAGUAUCCAUUCUCGUCAAUCAAGAACAUCUUCCUCGAGAACGGUGAAGGAGACCCAACCAAGUUGGGUGGGAUUGUCAUUGAGUUGAACAGGCCCCCCAACUUUUUCAUGGAUUCAUCGCCCACCACCAAUGGAUUCUUCCAGUGUGGUGACUUCACAGAGGACCUCCAGGCUACACAUUGUCUGGUUCACCAUCUCGGCGGAAACCCCAAGGUUCUCAGUGGCCAACUUGCCAAGUUGGUUUCGCUCGAGUCUUUCAUGAACCGCCACAACCCUAACCCCUACAACGACCCUCACGCCCUGUCCGUGUCGGCGCCCGUCUCCCCUACCGCUCGACCCUCGUCGCAGCCCAGCUUCCAACAGCAUGUCGGCAUGUUCCAGGAGCAGCAAUGGGGAAUCCAUCAAAUGCACUCCGGUAUGCGCCCUGCUCAUGGCCACAAGCGCCAACGUAGUCGAUCCGUUCCCGGCCCCGUCGACUUUGCCAUGUUCCAGAACCAGCCCAUGCCAUCGUUCUACAUCCAGCCGCCUGGAGAGAUGCUUCCUCCUCCUCCUCAGCACAACCCUCACAUCUUUGCCCCUGUUCCUCAGCCUCCUGGCAACAACAUGGCACCUAACCUGCGUAUCGACACCCAGGCAGGUUUCGGUCUUGACAUGCGCCAAUACCCCAUGUCGGCCACCACUGCUUCACCCGCCGAGUUCCCCCAAAGCCCAGGUUUCUUCCCUCCUGGUCCUGAGGUGCCUCAGUCAAGCUACAACACACCUUAUAGCCACGGCUUCUUGUCGCCCAUGGUGAACCCUGAUACAGGCGUUCCCACAUCCGUGUCUCCUAUCUCUUUCAACAGCCCUGGCGAACCCUCCAUCAUGGAGCAGUCACCGCCUAUGUCUAUGAUGGGACGUCCUGGCUCAGCCGACCUCUAUCCCAUGAACGAUGGAUCUUGUGCUGUGUCUGAAGACGGAACGAGCCUCAACGAGAUGUACUCUAAGCACACUAUCAACUUGCCUAUGCACACUCCCUCCCCUGGAUAUGCCCAACACCAACAGGCUGACCUCGAUAUGGAUCAGCUCGUGCAGUUUGACGCAGUUGACCCCUCAAGCCUCUCCCCUGAGGCGAUGUCCCAAGUCCCUCACGGAAACUGA